AUGAAUAACAUUAGUAAUAAAAUAAAAGAUAGAGACAGUAAUAGUAGCAGUAAUAUAAAAUCACCUCUUCAUCAAAGAUCGUCAUCAUCAACAGCAUCAACAGGCAGCGGAAUAGGCAAUACUAGCAAUAAUAAUAGUAAUAGUAAUAAUAAAUUAAAUAUAAGAGCAAAUAGUAAUAACAGCUCAUCACCCCCAGGAGGUGUAUCACCACCAAUGAGUUCAAUCAACGUUCAAUUUAAUGGAGGUACUCCUACAAUUGCACAGUUACAAAGUUUAGUUAAAGGCCCCAAGAAACCAAUAAAUACUUCAUUCGACGAUUUAAGAAAUCAAUUAUCAGGUACAAAUAUAGAUUUAUCAGGCUAUGGAGAUGAUGAUGAAGUAAUUAUUAAUCAUGAUUACCAUUCAUCCGAAGAAGAAGAAUAUGAAUAUGAUGAUGAAGAAUAUGAAGACCAACAAAAUAACAACAGUGUAAAUAAUAAUAGUGUAGAAUAUAAUAAUAACAACCAAUCAAUUAGCAGUACCCAUUCAUGUGAAAGUAUACCCGAAGAAGAGGAAUUAACAGCCUCACCAAUUCAUUCAAGAAAAUAUAGCCAUACUAUAGGAUCACAACCCGAUAAUCUAAAUGUUGGUGGUUUUUCACCACGUUCAAAUAGAUCUGAAAGUACAGUUUAUCAUGGCGAACCAGAAAAUGAAAAAGUUUCAAAUGCAAAAGAUAAAAUCUCUUCAGAAUAUAAAAAAAUGAUGGAAGAUUUAGAUGGUUUUAGAAAUGAAAAAUUAAAACAACGUAAAUCAAAGUAUUUUUCAAAAAAAGAAUUAGAAGAAAUACCAUUCAAUCCAUCAUCAGGAACAAAAUUAAGAUCAACCUUAUACAAACAAUUUAUGAAUGAAAAAAUAAUAGCAAUGAACGAUGGGGAUAAAUACAGGAUUGAAUUAUUAAAAAGUUAUAGAGAGAAUUUAAAGCCAGCGGACAUAUCACCACCAUCAUCAAUUAAACACACAUCACCAAAUUCUUUAACAUCACUACAAGCAGGUAAUGGAGGUAUUAUAUUACAAAAGGAUAAAUUAAUUAAAUUAAAUAGAACUCGUUCAGUCAGUCAGCCACCUGUUGUAACAAGUAAUAGCAAGAGUGCCAUUGGUACUUUAGAACAAAUUUUAGAUAAAGAAAAAAAGAGAGAUGGCAUAGAAAGAGCUUUACCUGUUUUAUUAAUAAAAUGUAUUGAUUUCCUUUCAAAAGAAGAAGCUUUAAAAACAGAAGGUCUCUUUAGGGUUGCUGGUAAUUCAAGCGAUGUGGAGGAUCUUACCAAAUCAAUUCUCUCAUAUGGUUCCGAUAUACCCGAAAAUUGUUGUGUUCAUGUAGUUUCAAAUAUGUUAAAAAAAUUUUUACGUCAAUUAACAACUCCAGUAUUUACUUUUAAACACUAUAAUGAUUUUAUUCAAGCAUUAAAAUCAAAUUCAAAUGACCAAGAAAGAAUAGAAAGUAUUAAAAAGAUAUUAAAAUUAUUACCAAUUAAUAACCAAAUUUUAAUAAAGGAAUUAAUGGGAUUUUUGGUAAAGGUAACAGAAUAUAGUAAUGUAAAUAUGAUGCAUUCAUACAACCUUGGGGUUAUGUUGGGACCAAAUGUAUUAAAACCACCUAAUGAUGUUGAUAUGGAUGCCAUCUCAAAUUUAGACUCUGCCAAUCAAGUUAUAACCUUAAUUAUAGAAAAUUAUAGUCAAAUAUAUGAUAUAAAAUAA